UUUAAAUCGAUAUUGAAUAUUGAUCAAUAUAUAGGUUAUUCCGCUAUAACUUGUUUCCCUAUAUUAGGGUUUGCAAAGUGUAUCCGUUGAUUCAAGCUUCAUCUUACCAUUUGGCCUGAUCAUGGGAAAAAUGAGUCGUUAUUAUCUUUCUCAAGAACUCAUCUUCGAAAUACUUUCAUAUUUACCCGUAAUCUCACUGCUCCGGUUCCGUUCCGUUUGCAAGUCAUGGCGAUCCAUGAUAUCCGACGACCCACAAUUCAACAAUGCUCGCCUCACCAAUUCUCACAAAACACAAGCCACCCUAAUUAGCCUUCUCGACUUGAAAGAUUCUGAUAAUCUCUAUGUCGAUACUCGCCAAGAAUCUGUCAAACUCGAUGUUCCACCACAAUUCAAUGGCAAGAUUCGUUCGAUUUGUUCUUGCAAUGGUCUUGUUUGUCUUGCGGAAAAGAAUGGUAAUGUUGUAUACUUCUGGAAUCCAGCGACCAAGCAGAUUAAAAAAGUGGUUGCCCCGAAAGCACGAGAAGCUCGUGAUGAUGAUUUAUUUCAUGAUUUCGUGUUUGUUUUUGAUCCCACUUGCAAUGACUACAAGCUUCUUAGGCUCACGCUUCUUCUCAUAUAUAUAUAUUUUCUUCCAGAUGAUGAAGGGCAGGACAUUUCUCAUGAACUGACAGCGGAUUUGUAUUCUUCGAGAACCGGCUGUUUUAAAGAGAUCCGUGUUCCUGAAAACCUAAAAAAGAAAGUAGAUGUUCGGUUCAAGUCAAAAUAUGUUCAUGAUCUGAAAACAGGGGUAUUAUAUUUUGAAGGUACUUAUAAUGAGUUACUAUCAUUCGAUUUGGAAAAAGAGGUGUUUAAGGUAUAUCCCUAUCCGGUUCCCGACCACGUGCAGCGUUCAAAAUCAAAUGUGUUGGAUUUUGAAGGCUCGGUUGCAAUGAUCUUUGAGGCCGUCGAGGGAUCUGUUCUUAGUCUAUGGACGUUGGAUAAUGUUUGUGACGACAAAGUGUCUUGGACUAAAAAGUUUAAUUUUGGGGCUGGUAUGAAGAUCGAUUGGGUUUUUCUUUAUUUUGGUGAUGGGGAAUUUGUAGCGAAAAGUGAUGGGGAAAACAUCUUUUAUGACUACAAAAGGAAAGAUGCUAAGAAGCUUCUUUCACCGGCGCCUGUUGGAAUGUUGGAUUCAGUUGUCAAGUACACGGAGACCCUUGUUUCACUCGAGGAUUUCAAUGAUUUGAGCUUCUGAAAUAAUUCAAUUGGCGAGCAAUCGUGGUAUAAUUUCUGGUAUUAUUGCGGAUUGUUUUAGCUUAUUUAUUCUUAGUAUUUGUCAUUUGCUUGCCUGA